AUGCAGGACGCCCCGGGGAGGGGAUCGGGCGCUGCGGCGAGGCUGGGGGUGACGCCGGUGCUGGUCCCCCCCCAGCGCUGCAAGGAGCGGGUGAACUCGCUGGCCAUCGCGGUGAUGAACAUGUGGCCGGGGGUGAAGCUGCGGGUGACGGAGGGCUGGGACGAGGACGGGCACCACCUCCCCGACUCGCUGCACUACGAGGGCCGGGCGCUGGACAUCACCACCUCCGACCGCGACCGCCACAAGUACGGCAUGCUGGCGCGCCUGGCCGUGGAGGCCGGCUUCGACUGGGUCUACUACGAGUCCAAGGACGAGUACACCAUCCUGCCCCACUCCUUCGUCAUCGGCAUCCACGGCUACGUCCUGGUGUACUCGGUGACGUCCCUGCGGAGCUUCCAGGUGGUGAAGACCCUGCACAACAAGCUGUACGAGAGCUGGGGGCAGACGCGCAUGCCCGUGGUGCUGGUGGGGAACAAGGCGGACCUGUCCCCACAGAGCCGGGAGGUGAGGACGGACGAAGGGAAGAAGCUGGCGGAGUCGUGGGGCGCCAUCUUCCUCGAGUCCUCGGCCAAGGAGACCCAGGUGACCCAGGGGAUCUUCACGAAGAUCAUCGAGGAGAUCGACCGGCUGGACAACUCCUACGGCAGAUCGAGCGGCUGCCGCCUGAUGUGA